AUGACAAUUAUCGGGCAGUUGACGGGAGCUCGUGAUUUGCUUGAAGCAAUGUACGCUGACUCGCCAUUGUGCCUCGCGUCACCAUUCCCACAAACCGCAGGAGCGGGUGGAACUUGCGCGUCUCCAUCUGUCGAGCAGGCGAGUAAGGCCCCUGCCGCCGAGACACCGCCACUACCUUUCCACACAAUGUAUUUCCGGAUUCUGCACUCUUCUACUGUGUGGUUGGCACUUGUAUGCACUCACUCAAUAUACCAAGCUGCUUCUAUCACUCAACAUAAAAUCACGAGUGCUCGUUUGGACGCCAGUAGUGCGGUCGCCUCCGAACUCCUUUUUAAAGACCCCAUGCAGGAUGGGCUGGCGGUGGAUGGCAUUACCCUGAAUCAGCACGAUAACAGUGCUUUCCUGCAAAUGAACGAGGAAGAGUUUGGGAGUAUUGAUAGGAGGAUGAAGCCAUGUUUUCAGUCAAAGGACGGACAAGCCUGCGGCGGAAGAGUAUCAGAAGCAGACUACCCAGGGGGGUUGCACUGCCCUGCUGGAUUUUGUUGUAGUAAAACGGCGACGCAGAAUCAGUCUUCUGGCAACUGGUGCUCUAGCAGCUGGGCCUCCUGCUGGAGUUCUUUGGCUUACAACCCGAAGUAUUCUUAUGGUACUUGCACAUGCCAGAACUACGAGAUCAGGUGCCCGGAGGAUUCGACAUGUGUUGAUACAUCCUAUGGGCCUUACUGCAAAUGUUUGGAUGGCAAGGAAGAAGUUGAGGGUGCUUGUCAUAACACCACAACUACUACAACUACCACUACUACUACUCCCGAGAAAGCUGAAUGCCGAGCUGACGAUUGCAGGCCUGGAUUCUGUGACGCUGAGCGGGGUAAAGUCGUCUGUACCUGCUUGGGAGGAUAUAUUUCAAGAAAGCUUCAUGAAAUCAGAGAGCAAUGUGUCUUUGUGUAUUAG